AUGAUCGGCGACAUCAAGACCUGGACCACAAUCACGGAUAAAUGUCGGCAGGCCAUAUCAACGAAGGAGGAUGAAAUUGCCCGAAUUGGAAAUCAUUUAAAAUUCAGAUGCUUGAACGAUGAUUGCCAAGCAGGGGAAAUAAAGCUUGACAAAAUUCGAAUCCACAUCUGGAUAAUGCAUAAGGGAGGUCAAUUUAAGUGCCCAGAAUGUAAAUAUACCACGGGAGAGAACGGUAUGAAGAGGCAUUAUAGAGAAUCCUUCCCACAAGAAAAAUUUUUGGUGGGAUGCUCCUUCGAGGAAGCGAAAACUCAAUUCGAAGAAAUGAUGAACAAACAAGUUCAAUUGGGUUCUAAUUUCGUAGGAAUGUAUAAUAUGGGAGUUUUCGAAACCAUCAAAAUCAACGGAUACUCGGAAAGUCCUCUCGACACCUUGAAAAUGGUCAAAGAGGAUAGCACGGAGAGUAAUGACACUAUAGCAUCGAAAACUCUUGCGAUUACCUGCGAAAAUAAUCUUACAGAUCAUCAACCAUCUUCAGGUAGUCAUGAUCUGUGGGAUUUUUUAGACGAUGCUGUGCAACACAACAUUCAAGUCGCUGACAGUGAUGAAACAGACCGUCUGCCUAUCGAACUUAGGCAGUUUAUUAAUCGAUCUACAGUAGACCGGAAAACUAAUCCUAACCCGAUUGCAACUUGGAAAUCGCUCGAAUCUGAUUACCCCCAUUUGUCGGUUGUUACUAGAAAAUACUUGAGCAUUGUUGCAACAUCAACACCGUGUGAACGCUUAUUUUCACACUCAGGGUUGAUUGCAAAUCAGCUCAGAAGUAGAUUAUCACCUAAUCGUUUAAAUAUGUUGUUUAUUGUACCUUUUACCUUAUUUUACUAG